AAUAGAAAUAAAUAAAAAUCUAUUGCCCGUACCGGUAAUACAGAUAUAACCCCUCCAUCCUGCCAAAUCAAAACCCCCAACACAAAAGAGUACCAAGUGAAGGAAGGAUAACGUAAGAUGAGGAAACGCACAAGAGACAUCAACGAUCGAGCGGAGAGAACAUAUCACAGCUAUUACAUGCCUCCAUGAAAAACCACCGUCUCACCAUGCAUCAUUCUCACGUCAAGUUUAGUCGACACUCCUCCCGCCACAAUCGGGUAAUCACAAGAAACGGAGCAUCAAUACAUGGAAGUCGUUCCCCUCGUAUCAUUUUCUUUCUUUCAAGCGCCUUUACCCAGUCAAACGCGCACACCAGAUGUCACUUCCACUACCGCUCACCGCUUUCUGGACAUACCUCUCCAGAGCGCGGAGCCGACGAGUCCGGCUGCUAACGCUACACCGCUGACGAUGGCUACGCCGAGCAUGCCCUCUGCGGGAGCUCAUACACAUCAGCACCCGAAACCCCACCGUGAUCAGAACCUGGGGGAACAAACCCUUAGCAACCUUCUCAUCGAUCAACCCCCUCAAACUCUGCGACUGCAAAUUGGCCGGUUCAUUCUCUAGCAACCUAUCGUUAUAUCUCCUGGCCUCGGCGUAAUUCCCAAGUUUGUAAUUUCCGAGAGCAAGGUAGUAAAGGCAUUCACGGCGGCGUUCGGUAUGGUCGCGGAAGAUAUCUGUUCCACCCGAUCAGCUCCAUCCAUCCACCGCCCAAGCGGAGCAGGAGGGAGAGGGAACAAACCGGUCAAUAACCUGACCCCCAUCUGCUGCUCCAGCCGCUUCUCACUCUUGAUCAAACCCCAUGCGUAGUUGAACUUGGUCUGGACACCGACGAACUGUCCCUCUUUCUCAAACUGGUUACGGAGGACCUGGAGCUCUGCUUCCUUGAGAGGGCUACCGAAUAUCAGCCUCUACCGUGCCCAAUAAAGUGUGAAAGUUAUCCCGGGGCAAACAAACCUUUCCGCAUCAACAGCAUCUAACCCCCCCAGAAGUAUUCAGUUCCCAGCUCACUUGGAGAUCGAAAGGAGAAAUGAGGGGAAACAAAGCAACUCACGUGGCAGAUUAUUAGACGACAUCGUGUUCUAAUUGGGGGGCUUGGUAUUAAAAAAAAUUAUAAUGUGAAGCAGUCUCUUGUAUGGUGGAUAGUAGGAUAAGCUGUUGGGGGAGAAAUUAUUGGGGGUUAAGGUAUUGUACUGCAGCGGCGGGUCGGUCGAUACAGUAGCCAGUCACUUAUAGAGUGGCGGGCGAGCGAGCAGCGAUACAGUAUGAGUGGGAUGGGACGGGGGUUACGAAUGAUGGCAUUCGUGGCAGGGGAUUCCGCAUUUAAGAGUGGGUGAGUGGCUGACGAGCGGCAGGGUCUUGAGUGGCUGAAGAGGAGGGAGAGUUGCUGUGGUAACGAAGUUCAGUCCUAAUUUUCAUGCUGAAUCCUGACAAGAGCUGUUGCUUCAUCACAACUCCUUCCCCCUCCUCUACCCCCAUCCACUACAAUCCCUCAGCGACGAGAAGAAGUGAAAACCCCUCCGAAAAUCCGCAGUUUCACGGGAAGAAAGAAAAAAAAUAGAGAAAAUAACGAAACAAACCCCAAACAAUCCAAAAUGGUCCUCCUAGAUGAAGCCCCCGGUAACCCCCCCUCCCCUCAUCCACUAUUCUAUCCCCUACUACUACUAACCACUCCCCCUCGGGUAUAGAGUUCCUGAUACAUGAAGUCCUCUCAAAUUUCAACAUAAGCAGCGACAUGCACUCCCUAACACGCAUCAACGAAACUCUGGCGCGCAUCUCCUCAGAGCGGGAAAAAACCCAAGACGACUCGCGUGCGACGUUGCGCGCGCUGUCACGCAAGAUGGAGAUAUCGAAGCAGUCGAUGGAGGCGACCGCGAGCGCAGCGGGGCGCAGGGAGCACGGAGCUAAUAUGCUGCGGCUGGAUCGUGAGAAGUUCGCGCUGGCGAAGGGCAUCAAUGAGCUUGAGAGCUGCGCGCACGGACUCGAGGGACAGUUAGCCAGGUUGAAGGAGGAGCUCGAGCAGGUUGAUGGGGAGGACCCUAUGCAGAGCGCACUCGUUGGGGCUGAGGAUGGGACGUUGCUGAAAUUGAAGGUUUACAGGUCCCUGGGAAUCGACUUGCAGGAGGAUGGGGCGGCGGGGUAUUCGAAGGCGGUUAUCAGUGAGUUUUCCUUGCCUCCUGACCUUGGUGGGAUGGUGCUAAUUGCUUUCCUGUUUCCGCAGGAAACUCUUCAAAGGGCGAUGUACACAUCGUCAAUAUCGAGAGAAAGUUCUCACAUUUCUUUUAUGCAAAUUACUUUUGGAAUGUUUUGUAAUUUUUUUGGUCCACUCGAAGGACUUUUUUUUUGUUUCCUCGUUUCCUCUGUAUUUCUUAGGGACUAGCGGUGGUGUUAGGGUUCAAGUUUGCAUGUAUAACUCGUUUACAAAACUAUUUCAACAAAAAAAUCACCCCAAAUUACCACCUU